UAGGUGGUGCUUAGUUACAAGAUGAUGACGUAUUAUUCACGCGACCGCAUCGCGCGCUGUUUGAUGAACAAGGUGGGCAUAGCAUAUCUGUUCAUUUUUACGGUUAUAGUUUUAUAUAUUUCUUCCCUGUUGAGCAGUACCAGGUCUCACAGAAGCCAUGUUUAGCCCCCGCACCGCCUCGGGCUCCGGCCGCAGGACCAGCGGGAGGAAGAACGUCUCCGCAGCGGCCAACAGUUCGCUGUUCUCCCCGCGUAGGACGCCUCUGUCUGUGAGGUCAACACCCACCCGAGUGCAGACCCAUGCCUCUGCAGACUCAGUCAACUAUGAUGUGCAAACCUUCGGCUCGUCGCUGCCUGUCAAAGUGAUGGAGGCACUCACCAUGGCUGAUGCUGAUGACCAGAUUUCAGUGAAGGUGAACGAGAGCGGCUGGGCCUGGAUGGUUUGUGGAGAGAGACUGAUCAUCUGGAAAAUCUGCCAGACUCCUGUGGCCAAGCUGUCGGUGUGUAAGGAGCUGCAGCUGCCCAGCAGUGAGUACAACUACACAGCUGACCUCGUGGCCGUGAUGUCCGCUGCUCCUCUGGACACCGCCGCCGUUCAGUCCAUAACCGUCCUGGCGGUGGCUGCAGAGGGAACAGCCCGUCUCUGGCCCAGCUUGGCUCAGGAGGGCAAAUACACAGAGACAGAUGUGGACCUGGGGGAUUUCUGUAACUUUGUUGUUGCUGUCAGAGGUGGGAGCUUUGUCUUGUCCUCAGUGAAGAGUCAACUGUUGAGAGCCAGUGUGGAUUCUUCUGGAAAGCUGCACUGCCGAGCUCUGCAGCAGGGUCAGGGCGUGCUCUCUGGCAUCGGACGCCGGGUCUCCAGCCUGUUUGGCAUCCUCUCCCCGCCCACCAGUGACACACUCCACAGCGUGCUGUGGGUGGGCGGAGCCAGCUGCCUGUACACACUCACCAGCUCCAGUCUUAGUAAGUGGGAGGUGGAGGACGUCUCGGAGCACCAGGUCUUGAGCUGGGACAUCCACAGAGCUCUGACCGAGAGCAUCGUCGACGCCAUCUGGGGGUCAGAGAGCAACUACGAUGAGAUGAAGGACGGAGUGAAUGUGGCGUACCUGGAUAUGAAGCUCGGCCAAGCCGGCCUGGUGGUGCUGGCUGCAGCCUGGCACCCGUCAGACACCCCCUGCCUGGCCUACUUCUGCCUGGUGACCCUGCAGGACAACGGAGCCGCCAUCUCUGACCACUUUACUGUGGAGGUCACCAAGUACAACACUCCGUUCCAGAGUGAGGAGGCACUGCAGUCCAUGCGGAUGGUGUUGCCGCCGUUCCCCGGCUCCACCGCCUUCCUCUGGGUGUUCGCCUGCACGAUAGAAACCAGAAGGGGGGGGCUGCCUGAUGAGAAAAUCAGCUUUAACUCGCCUGGUGACGGCGUACGAGGAGGAGGCUGCUGCGCCAACCUGCCCGUGUUUUUCUCCCAGAACAGCGGCCUGGUGGCGGUGGUGGCCAGGGAGAGUGCCUCCAUCCUGCCGGAGACCGUGGAGGACUCCCUGUGCUCCUCGCUGGCUGCAGCUCCGGAGGUUUCAGCCGUGGAGACUCCGACCAGAGCAGAGCCCGUAGCUCACGAGGACAAAACCAAAUUCCUGAAGGCGGCCUUCCUGCAGUUCUGUCGUAACGACCUGGUGGGUGCUCAGACGGUCACAGACGAGCUGUUUCCCGCUGACGACGACGGGGACGAGGGAGCCGAGCUGGACGGCGUGGUGAUGCAAAUCAACCUGGACCUGGUGGACGACUACCCAGCCUCCGACCCCCGCUGGGCCGAGUCUGUCCCCGAAGAGAGCACUGGCUUUCCUCUCACCUCCCUCAUCAUCCUCCACCAGCUGGAAGACAAGAUGAAGGCCCACGGCUGCUUCAUGGACUUCCUGCUCCAGGUGGGUCUGCUGGACCGGCUAGGCCAGGUGACUGUGCGCUCAUCUCCCAUGGCAACACGCCUGCUGCUGUGUGAGCACGCUGAGAAGCUGCAGGCAGCCAUGGCGCUGAAGAACCACCACUCCAAACACACUGAGCUGGUGAACCGGGCCAUCUCCGCCACGCUACAGAGGAACAACACCGCCGUGCCGCCCAGCCUCACUCCCGCUGAUGUCUUCUUCAGAGAGGUGUCUCAGAUCUCCUCGGUGUUUGAGUGUCUGCUGGAGGAGGAGGAGCGCAGUCUGAAGGAGAACCCGGUCGACUCUGUGCAGUGGGCCGAGGUGGUUGUCACCGUCAACAGCAUCAUCAAGGACAUGCUCCAGGCUGCUGGCCAGCACAGAGAAGGCUCCAUGUACAGAGCUGCUGAAAACGCUGCUGCAGAGCCUGAGUACAUCCCAUGGACAGCAUCGGGAGGUGUUGGCGGCGUUCGCACCGUCAUCUGUCGCCAGCACGAGAUCAUCCUGCGUUCGGUGUACCCCCAUGCCGACUCAGAGCUGCGUAGCAUCCUGUGUGAGCAGUUGGUGGCGCUGUUGGACAUCUACUUGCGGAGCUAUGUGGCUCAGCUGACCUCCGUGCAGCGGCAGAGUCCCCCGGGGGCCCAACAGGAGCGCUACAACAGUCUGGAGAUGGAGUACAGCCAGCGCCGCUCUGAGCUGCUGGCACCACUGUUGGAGCUGGGCCAGUACCAGUGGCUGGCAACGCUGGCUGAGAAGUACUGUGACUUCGACAUCCUGGUCCAGAUGUGUGAGCAGACCGACAACCACAGCCGCCUGCAGCACUACAUGACCAAGUUCGCAGACCAGAACUUUGCCGACUUCCUCUUUCGUUGGUACAUGGAGAAAGGGAAGAGGGGGAAGCUGCUGUCCCAGCCGGCCGCGCAGCACCAGCAGCUGGCCAGCUUCCUGCAGGCUCACCAGCACCUGAGCUGGCUGCACCACAUCCACGUGCACGACUACCACAGCGCCCACAGGACGCUGUACAGCCAGGCCAACGCAGAGACGCGCUACUUUGUGAAGAAGAAGACGCUGUUGGCUCUCAGUAAGCUGACGGCGCUGGUGUCCAACCUGCCGGAGGGCGAGCUCAACAAACAAGUGGAUGACAUCGUGGAGCGGGAGCGCUUCCUGCUGCAUCAGGAGACUCUGCCUCGGCAGCUGCUGGAGGAGAAACAGCUGAACCUCGACACCAUGCCUCUGCUCAGCGCUCACAACCUCAUACAGUUGUACAUCUGUGAUGACAACCGACGAGCCAACGAGUACGACUUCAAAAAGGCACUGGAUCUACUGGAGUACAUCAGUGAGGAGGACGCUGUGGACAUCGACUCGCUGAAGUGUGAGAUCUUGGGCAAGGCGCUCAGGAGAGAUGACUGGUCUUCUGACGGGAACGACGACCCCCUGGAGGCGGCAAAGGACAGCAUCUUCGUCAAGGUCCUCCUCAAACUCAUACAGGAAGGAGUUCCUCUGCAGACGUACCUGCCUGACGUCAAAGAGCUGCUGGAGUCGGACGACCUGAACAGCUUGAAAUCAAAACCUUACUUUGAGUUUGUCCUUCGGGCCAAUUAUGAACAUUACCUACAGGCCCAGAUGUGACCGCCCCCAGCACCUCCUGCACUUCAGCUUCCCUUUGCAUUCUAACAGUUUUGAAGAGUUGUUUGAAUAUCUGUGCCGUUUUUCUAAAUAAAUAUGUUCGUAUUUCUCUA